AUGGACUACAGCUCACCCCAUUCCGCCGAUGACGCCGUGCGCAUGUCCGCAAAGCGGACCGCCGAACUCUUCGGCGCCGAAUACCUAAUGGUCACACCUUCAACUCUUACAGACGGCUCAAUCGGCGUUUCCUACCGACGGAAGGCAGAGUACGAAGAUAUUACCGAGCUACCACGAUCUCUCGCAGAGAAACAGGCGAAGGCUACAGCCGGCCGGACAAAACGGCCGAAGAUUCAGGCGCAGACACCUGCAGACGGCAGUGGCGCAUCCAUGUCACUCGUGAGGCGGCCAUCGGGCACGGGAGCGGGAGCAGCAGCAGCUGAGGACCAGCCUAAGAGUUUGGUACAGAGACCGUCGGCUACCAAGCAACAGCGGCCCGAGUGGCACGCGCCUUGGAAGCUGAUGCGCGUUAUUUCGGGACACCUGGGAUGGGUGCGAGCUUUGGCAGUGGAACCGAACAACCAGUGGUUUGCUAGUGGAGCAGGAGAUCGGACAAUCAAGAUUUGGAAUCUGGCGACGGGCGCAUUGCGACUCACUCUCACCGGCCACAUCUCCACCGUUCGUGGCUUAGCAGUGUCACCCCGGCAUCCGUACCUUUUCUCGUGUGGUGAGGAUAAGAUGGUCAAGUGUUGGGAUCUAGAGACCAACAAGGUCAUUCGACACUACCACGGUCAUCUCAGCGGUGUGUACACACUGGCCCUUCACCCUCGUCUCGAUCUGUUAGUCACGGGUGGUCGUGACGGUGUGUGCCGAGUCUGGGAUAUGCGCACGCGAAGCAACGUACACGUUCUCGGCGGACACAAGGGCACUGUCGCCGACAUCAAGUGCCAAGACGCCGACCCUCAGAUUAUCUCCGGCUCGCUGGACUCCACAGUCCGGUUGUGGGAUUUGGCCGCUGGAAAGAGCAUGGGCGUUCUGACACACCACAAGAAGGGUGUUCGCAACCUCGCCAUCCACCCCUCUGAGUUUACAUUUGCCAGUGCCAGUACCGGCAGCAUCAAGCAGUGGAUGUGCCCCAAGGGCGAUUUCAUGCAGAACUUCGACGGUCAGAACUCUGUCAUCAACUCUCUCGCUGUCAACGACGAGAACGUUCUCUUCUCCGGCGGUGACGACGGUUCCAUGUCCUUCUGGGACUGGAAGACAGGUCACCGCUUCCAAUCUAUGGAAACUACCGCACAACCCGGCUCUCUUGAAGCCGAAGCCGGCAUCAUGGCUUCUACCUUUGAUCGUACUGGGUUGCGCCUUAUUACGGGCGAAGCUGAUAAGACCAUCAAGAUCUGGAAGCAGGACGAAGAGGCUACCCCCGAGACUCACCCUCUGACUUGGGCCCCGACUCUCGGUAGACAGCGGUACUAG